AUGGCACCAGACUCCCUGCCGACGACUCCAAUUAUAAGGAGGACGGACACCACACCAAAAGUAGUCCACCCUCAGCUUCCUAGCAUAGAGGAUAUCUGUGGCACACUGAGGGCACUGGCAGCUUACGAAGGGUUGUGGGAUCUCCUCAGAACAAAGAUCUACUACUCUGACUACUCCUCUCUUGUUGUUGGUACCCCGUCGGACUAUCAAUCUGCAAAACAAAGCCUCUACUUAUUCUGGGACGAAGAAGAGGAAGAUGACGAGGAUAUCGCUCGGCUGUUGUCUCACAUCCCGGCCCUCGACUGGAGCAGACCUGUGUUCCUUUCUCUGUCGCCUCUCAGUCUCGUACGGAAGGUAAGUUGCCUCCCAGUAGUCAGUGAGGACGAAGAAUUCGAAAGAAACUGUGAAGCCUUUCAGUCCUUGUGGAGGCUUCCUUCAAGGACCCCGAAAGACAGAGGAGGAUUGAACAGAAACGGACAUGCCGAUCCCCCAAUUCGUAAAGGUCGAGAGCUUCUUGACUUCGGUUUGUUGGGCCACGGUCUGUUGAAGCCUAGUGAGGCGUUUAUUCUCCAGCUGUACGUCAUGUCUUCUCUGCCCAGUAUUGACAUAAGACUCCCAAAAGGCUUCGAUUUCCGCGACCUGACUGAGGAACACGCGGAAUUCCUCUUAGACUACUGGGAGUACAAACACGCCAGUACCCCGCACAAAUACAGGUGCAUGAGGAGGGUACUUCCGGGCAUUGGCGUCUUCAAGACUAGCGAUGGAAAUGCCAACAACGAAGGAGCAGAGAAUGGGGACCAACCCGUAGCCUGGGCUCAACUGAGUUUUUGGAACAUGUAUACGAACACGUUCACCCUACCUCAGUAUCGUCGCCAGGGUCUGGCCGCUAUGGCUACGUUGGCGCUGGCUCGGAAGUCUCUGGAAAAGACGGGGUUGGCGCUCGCUCCCAUAUCCGCUAACAAUGCGCCAUCUGCGGGAAUGCAUCUGAAAUUGGGUUUCAAGCCAUCUAUAGUCAUUGCCAACCAAAGUUAUAGUCCGUGAGCAACGUUUUACAGUUAUCUGAAAAAUUUCCGAAGCAGGUAACAACUUGAUAUCUUUCAAGGAACACCGUUAGGGGUGUUGCUCAGGAAACAAAAGGUAACGGCUAAUAUUUAGACAAUAGAUAUGAAGAGAACAUUUACCAGAUAGCCUCUUCAUUGUUAGAACUCUCAAUGAAUUUUUCACCUUUCACAUAUAUGCGGUAUAUAUGUCUGUUUUAAUAAUAUAGGAAGCUGUGUAAAGCCAGAAGGUUGCCACAUAACUAGUUUUAGCAGAUAUGUCGAGACCUACUGUAUUCAAUGAUCA